AUGGCGAUCGAGAACUUCAUCUCAGAUCUGUACCGGCCGCUAAGGGAAUACCGUCACCGUUCCGCAAAGCGACGACGAGUCAGUCCGCAACUAGCGAGCCUUCCCCCCACGACGAUCAGCAAGCUCGGAGAGGACCUCCUUGUAGAAAUUCUGAUUCGGCUCCCCAACCCUAGAUUCGCCUGCCGGUGCAAACUCGUCUGCAAGCGGUGGACCUCCCUGAUCUCCAGCCCUCGCUUCAACCGCCGCUUCGUUUCUCACCGCCAGACCAUGAACCUGACCCACCCACCUAUGCCGGACAAUCCGUACGAGCUUCAAUCGACCAUCCUCAGCUUUCUCCCUCCAAUGCCUAGCGGCGUUCGAGACAUUCUCAGAGUUACGGAUUGCAACCAAGACCUGGUUCUGUGCGGGUUUUGGGAUCCAAAUUCCGACAAUGGGGAACUUUCCAGGUCGUACUUGGUCUGCAAUCCGUUUACCAAGCAGUGGAUGGCUCUUCCUUUAGCGCCCAGGAAGUCUGCGGCUUAUGACUCGCAGGCUGCAAGGUUAGUUUGUGAACCCCGUAUUUCUGUCGAGCUUGAUCUAGGAGAUGACCAAGCAUUUGUUUAUUCCGAGCAUCGCUUUCGGGUGGUGUGUACAUAUCAAACCACUCCACCAAAUGUGGCCAUUAAGCUAGACGUGUUUUGUUCCGAGUCUGGAGAAUGGACAAAGGAGGCUUUUGAAUGGGAUCGUUGUAGUGGAAUGGCAACGAAAGGUGUAAUUUCUUGCAAUGGGGAGUUGUUUUUGUGCUACAAUCGAAAUGGUCCCGACGGCAUGCACACUCUGCUGGAUGGAUUUAAUCCUUUUCGCCUUGAUGUGCCUCCCACUCCAAUAGAUAUUUCUGCCUUCCUUGUGUAUCCUCGGCGGUGGUUUAUUUCCAGCUCACAAGGCGCGCUGCACGUAGUUGCAAAGGAACAUGAAGCCAUGCCUGUUCGUUUGAGCGUCUGGAGGCUGGCAGAAGACCGUAAAUCUUGGAGGAAACAAUGCGAGGGGUUGGUGAACAAGACAUCAAUGUGUUGUAACUAUGAAGCUAGGGGCUGUUAUUCACCGUUUCUGCAUCCACACAAGCCGGAACUGGUUUUCUUCAUUCCUGUUUAUGCUUGUGCCGAGAAUGCUUUAUUGUGCUGUGAUUUGGGGAGGGAAGAGGUACAGUUUUUCACUAAACUAGAAUCGGAGCAUGAUGACAUUCGUCUUCAGGUGUUCCAGCCUAGGGUAUCUUGCUGGGCUACUCCAAUUCCAAGGCACAAGGGGUUGCAAGGAAGUUAUGAUGAAAAUAGCUUAUGGGUUGAGAGCAGCGGGGAGGCCAGAACUCCCUUGCUCUACUCCCUCAAUAAUUGGUAAUUACUUUCCCUGGCAACAAUUUACUUCUUCUCUGCCUUUGCAUGCCUGUUAAGUUAGGAAAUCACUAAUUGAGAAAAAAGAACGCCAGCAAGAAAGUUUUCCUGCAAUCUCUGGUCCAUAACUGGUUAAGGAGUGCAGUUUUGGGUUUGCCUAACUAGCUAACUACUUCCUCUCACGAAACACGUAUUAAGCCGCACAUACUUGUAUCUCUUGUCAUUUGCUUGAGUAUUUUGUUUUGGUUGCGAACUCUUUGCCUGAUCUUUUAGACUAUACAUCAGGGGGAAGUUGUUAAUGAUAAAGAUGCACAUGGACAUGUGUGUGUUUCCUUCAUUUUCUCUCUAUUUACUGGUUUGUGUUCCUAUAUUUCAUCUCAUUUCUGCUGUGGCUGGUAUAUUGCUCCAACAGCUAGGUUCAUUCGCUGCACUAUGGUUUUGCUAUUAGUCAUUGAUGCAGUGUUGCUGCAACUGACCCUAGCCGAUCUGUCCGGCCGGUAAAAUGGCAACCGGACGCCAACCUGGUCUGGAUGAGCAUUUUGGCAGCCUCCUGUUAUCCGGCUGGUGAGAAACCGUUCGAUCCGGACAAACUUGGCAGCCUGUUCAAAGCUCAGAACCAGCCGCGAAUUGGACAACAAACCAAGAAAUCAUUAUUAUGAUGAUGGUUUAGUGUGUUCUACUUAUAAAUAAUAACCUAUUUUUUGUUUACGGGUCAUCAGUUUGUGAACAAUAUUUAGCGAUUUAACAUCAUAUAAAACAUCGGUUCAUACUUUCUUUUGGUUCUGGCAACAUUGGCUUAAUGUUAUCUACAUGUUUCCUCUUUUCAGCAUUGAUCAGGUAUUGAAAUCGUCAGUGUACAAGGAUUAUAUAGAACGUGCAUUGGCGGAGGCAACUCUGAACCUAGUGGCUGAAAUCGUUCUGGGAAAGAGGAGCAGAAUCGGCGAGUUUGCUUCUCGACGAUGGUGGCUGCCUCGUUCUCCAGAUUUUGACCAUGAAUUGGAUAUGCUGGAAGCUGGUUUAAAAUCUCUUGGAGCUGGUAUGGCCAUUAUCCGCAAGCAGAGAGCGGAACUGAAACAGGCACUUCUGCGUGAAACGUCAGAGCUUCCCCAUCCUCCUUCAGGCCCUAUCGAAAGUGUCUUCUGGAGGGCGCUACCUUACAGGGGACUAAAGCAUAUGUUAAGGGGGUGGUUGCGCAGUUGGUUGGCAGCUACUUCUAGUAGCUAAAGAGCGAACCCAAAGUCGCGAUUAACCCAAUCCUCCGUAUUAUUAGGGGUCGUUUGGAAGUUGCGAUCGUUGAGAAUGCAUGUAUAAUAUUUUAGUGUAUUAUCCAAAUAUAAGUUUAUAGUAUAACCAAUUUUUGGGUUUAUGAGAGAUUAAGUUGAGCGUAUUAGUUAAUUUGUCAAUUAACCAUACAUACUUUAUGAAUAAUGUUUAGUCAUUAGCCUAUGC